AUGUUAUAUACCAAGCUUUUAUUGGCAGUAUUGGCGAACUCUGCCGCGGCACAAUUUGUACCCGCCCCCACGGACUUGAUCACCAAGAAGGGACAUGCCGACAUCAAUGUGCGAUAUAAGGAAGUGCCUGCUGGGAUUUGUGAACAAGACCCCAAUGUGAAAAGUUACUCUGGUUACGCCGAUGUUGGUGAAAAUGAGCAUAUUUUCUGGUGGUUCUUUGAGGCUAGAAAUGGAGACCCUAAAGAUGCACCACUUACAGUCUGGAUCAAUGGAGGACCGGGAUCGUCUUCGAUGAUUGGAUUAUUCCAGGAAUUAGGGCCAUGCGGAGUUGAUCACGACGGCAGUGUAUACAACAACCCUUAUUCUUGGAGCAACGUGAGCAAUAUGCUCUUCGUCGAUCAACCUGCCACAGUUGGAUUAUCAUACACAAUUCCCAUUCCAGCCUACGAAGAUGACGAUGGCAAUAUUGUCCAGUUACCCAGCGACGAAUGCCCCGAUUAUGCACAGAAAUAUGGAACAUGCGGCACAUACUCCAAACCUGACAUCGGCCUGGUCCCUAAUACAACAGCAAGUGCGGCACCGAAUAUGUGGAAGACACUACAAGGGUUCAUGGGCGCAUUCCCGAAGUACUCAAGAAAUGGCAUCAAUUUCGCCACCGAGAGUUACGGUGGUCACUAUGGCCCAAUCUUCAACAAAUACUUCGUCGAACAAAACGCCAAAAAGCCCCACGGCUCCAUCAAGAUCGAUCUCGAGAACGUACUAAUUGGAAAUGGCUGGUUCGAUCCAUUAAUUCAAUACCAGGCAUACUACAACUUCUCCGUCUUCCCCGGAAACACAUACGACUACAAUCCAUACAACGAGUCCGUGCAGGCAGAAUGGUACAACAACCUCUACGGCGAAGGAAACUGCGUCGAUCGAACUCGAGAAUGUUACGCAACGGGUCGAGCCGAUAUCUGCGCUGCCGCGGACACUUUCUGCGCUAAUAAGGUCGAGUCCUUAUUUGAUACCUACUCCGGUCGGGACGAGUACGAUAUGCGUGAAUUGUCGCCCGAUCGAUUCCCGUACUCUUUCUACGUCGAAUAUCUCAACAGUCCCAAAGUGCAAGCUGCGAUUGGAGCGUAUCAGAAUUUCUCAGAGUCAUCCGGGACCGUGAGCAAUGCGUUUGGAAGCACAGGCGACGACGAUCGCGAGUCCGGGACCAUUGAGGCUGUGAGGAAGUUGCUUGAAGCUGGAGUGCAGGUUUCGCUGUAUUUCGGAGAUGCCGAUUACAACUGCAAUUGGCUUGGUGGACAGGUUGUGGCGGAGGAGAUCAAUGCGCGGGGGUAUGAACAUGCUGGCUUUGUGAAUAUCACUACUUCGGAUGGUGUCGUUCAUGGACAGGUUCGUCAGAGUGACUUGUUUAGCUUUGUGCGGAUUUAUGAGUCCGGACAUGAAGUGCCGUUCUACCAGCCGUUGGUUUCGUUGGAGAUGUUUGAGAGAAUACUCUUGAGGAAGGAUAUUGCGACUGGUGAGAAGCAUUUGAAGCCGCAUGGUGGGUAUCGGACUCAUGGGACACCGACGAGUGACUACCGAGAGGGAAAUAGUACUAUGGUUUGGGAAGUGCUUGAUAGUAGUGCGACAUACAACACUACUCUCAAUGGGCCGAACCCUUCGAAGGCAUCGGCUCCAGCUUCGGUCAGAUUACGCAGACAGGGGAACUGA